AUGUCAGACAUGACAGUCUAUGAGCGCGAGCGUCAGGCCCGCAUUGCGGCCAACCAGGCCAGGCUCAAGGAGGAGCGCAGCGUGCGCAGGUCCGGCCGAGUGGCAGGCACGCCUGCCGAGUUUUACGACGAGGACAACCUGUACCGCAGCCUCGGCAUCGACCGCCUGGACGCCUUCUCCCGGCGCGGCACGCGCUGCACGGCCCCGGACCCUGAGCGGCUGGCCGCCCUGCGCGCUGGGCGUGGCGGGGCCGCCAUCGCCGCGCGGAAGCGGGCCCACGCCUGGGGGGCCUGGCUGGCGGCGCCCCAUGCACCGGCGGCGGAGCGGGACUCGGAGGCCGCAGACGGUGGCGAGGCUGCCACCUGCGACGCCCCCGUGGCUCUGGAGGACGGCUCGCUGGAGCCGGUGUGCACGCCGCCGGAGCAGGAGGCCGCGCCGCCAGCCAUGCGCCGGCCGAAGGGCGGCAGUGGCAAGCUCACCUCACUCUUCGUUGCCACCAAGGGUGCCCUAGAGCAACUCCCAGCGAUGGGAAAGGAGGGCCCGGCCCUGUCGAGGAAGGAGAGAAUGCUGCAGCGCAUGGGUCUGUCUCGAGCUUGA